UUUCGCUUCGACACGGCGCAGAGUGACCGUCGGACGGCGCCGCUGCGCGGACCUGCUCGCCCCCUCCAACUGCCAGGACCCCCCGGGAACGAUGGCCGAUGACCAGGACCUCCCUGUGGACGAGGGAGCCGGGGACGCAGAGAGCACAGACGAAGACACGACAGACGCGAGGCCAGACCGCUCCUCUUUCGUAGCGUCAUUUUUCAAUAAGAAGAAGAAAAAUGCCCAGAAGGAGUCAGAGAAAGAUAACUCGGACCCAGAUGCUUCAUUUCGGUAUAACAUGAAUUUUGAGAAGUUGGGCAAGUGCAUCAUCAUCAACAACAAGAACUUUGAUAAAAACACAGGCAUGGACAUCCGGACGGGGACAGACAGAGAUGCCAAGGCCCUUCAUGACUGCUUCACCAACCUGGGUUUCGAGGUGAUCAUCAAGAACGACCUCACUUGCCAAGGAAUGGUGGAUCUGCUUCAGAAAGUGGCCGGAGAGGACCACAGGAAUUCAGCCUGCUUCGCCUGCAUCUUCCUCAGCCACGGAGAAGAGAACAUCAUUUUUGGGACCGAUGACAAGAUCCCCAUCAAGGAGCUGACAUCCUGUUUCAGAGGAGACAGGUGCAGGACACUUGUGGAGAAGCCCAAACUUUUCUUCAUUCAGGCCUGCCGGGGCACAGAGCUUGAUGAUGGGAUCCAGCCUGACUCGGGAACUGUCUAUGAAGAACCGACGCCCCGGUGCCGGCUGCCCCUGGAGGCCGACUUCCUCUACGCCUACUCCACAGUGCCAGGCUACUACUCAUGGCGGAACCCAGGCCAGGGCUCCUGGUUCGUGCAGGCCCUCUGCACCAUCCUGCAGGAGUAUGGGAAGAAACUGGAGAUCAUGCAGAUCCUCACCAGAGUCAACAACAUGGUGGCCAGGAACUUCGAGUCUAGGAACAGCAACCCGUACUACGACGAGAAGAAGCAGAUUCCCUCGGUGGUCUCCAUGCUCACUAAGGAGCUCUACUUCGGGAAGGCACCUUAAAACCGGCACGCUGUGGAGGGAUCCGUUGUUGACGAAUCAGAUCCUUGGGGGGCUGUUUUGGAAUGCUAGGAAACCUUCUAGGAAUUUAAGAGCCUUUAAUUUAAUUUUAGUUUCUGGGACUGUGCUGGUUCAACAGGAAAGAAACUUUCUGGUGCUGCCUUUGGUUUUUCAGAGAUUCUUAUUUCCUUAUACUGUAAUCCACGUGACACCUUUCUGGUGUUCUUCUCAAACUCAUUUCCAGUGUGUUUCUUUCUCCUUGAUGUCCUGCUUAGCACAUACAACAUACAUGACCUCUGUAGAUGACUCUUGGCCGUGUUCACUACCAACAGUGCUCUUGCUGGUUUACAGGCAGAGUCUGAUCUGCACCUGACAAAGAGUAUUCAGGGCUUAAUAAAAAGUGGCCUUCAUCUGCCUGAAGGUGACUAUUGCGUGAACUUUGAAUGGUUGGUCAUUGGCUGAGGGCAGAUUCCUGUGCAUGAAAACUCAAUAAGAUGGAGGGGCGGAGGGGGUGUCAGUAGGGAAUCAGUGAGUCGUGGAAGAUCAACCAGGACUGCAGAAGAAACCAUUCUCGGUGUUUCAGUGGAGGAGAUUGAAUAGAGCGACUUGCCUUAACACGGGGAAUGAAACACCCAAUAACAGGCAACCCUUAGCACCUGGUGUUGCUCUGGAGUGUGGUUCCCUGGGUGCAGGAGCUGGACAGAACUGUUGCCUAACUGUGCAGGUUAGGCAGUUGGGGAGGAAUCGCUGCUUCUGGCCCUCAAGCUCCCCGUGGUACCUCAUUGUCUAGAACCACCUGGCAGAGGGCAAGACCCCGGGGACAUGUGGCUUCCCGCGGUGCAGAGCAGAGCAAAGGCUUGAGAGGCAGGGGCUGGGGAGAGAUGGAUGGAAUGUAAAUAAUAAUGUGAAUCUGCAUGGUGCUACUCCCCUUGACCGUUAUUCAUCCAUUCUGUCGUUUAUUCAUGGAGCUGUCAGGGACUCUACACUUGGCCUUCUACAUGCAAAAUAAUGUCUUACCAAAUUUUUAAAAAUACCAGGAGCCUUAAAAAUUAUUCCAAGCCUUAUUCUGAAUAAAAACUCCGUUACCUCUGAUUCCAUACGUGGGGGAAAGUGUAUAUGGCAAAAAAAUUUGUGCUUCGUUUUCAAGGUGGGUAUUUGAAAUCUGGAUAAAUCGCUACUUUAUUUUUUUUCCCCAGUAACUGGUGUAUAAAAUAUUUAUACUUUAAAAUUAAAAGGUGGU